AACCAUGGCAGGUGACGACUGUGUGAGGAAACGCCAGUCUGGCUCCACUGCACCCUGCAAGACCCCUGAGAAUGAAGAAACACAGAGGAGACCUGAGAGCGAGAGGUCGUUUCAAAACUCAAGCAAUGGCCGUGUUGAUGUCGACCACGUGAUAACAAGGAAAAUGCAGCUAAUAGCAGAAGCUGAGCAACUGAAGCCAGCUUUCAUGAAGGAGGUGGACUGUCACUUCACAGAGUUUGUGAACAGCUUGGUGGCAAAAUCGGCGCUGCUGGAUUCCUCCUCUCCAGCCUCCCUCUUCCCAGCUUCUUGCUCAGAGAAGGAAUUGCACAAAGCCAAGAACUCGAGGGCCCCUCCAGAACACGGGAAGAUCUUUACUGCCAGGAGGUCCCUCUUGGAUGAACUGUUUGAAGUGAGUCACAUCAGGACAAUCUACCACAUGUUCAUCGCUCUCCUCAUCGUCUUCAUCCUCAGUACACUUCUAGUAGACUUCAUUGAUGAAGGAAGGCUGGUCCUAGGAUUUGAUCUCCUGGUCUUCGUUUUUGGAAAGUUCCCAGUUGUCUUCUGUACUUGGCUGUGCAUGUUCAGUGCCACAGUUGUCAUUCCAUACAACCUUUUUGUCUGGUGGGCCCAAGGCUACUGCAGUUCCUCCCAUCGUGCAAUCCACUCUUUCUUCUAUGGGUUGUUGUUCACACUUUUCCAAAUAGCUGGGCUUGGCUUUGGACCAACCUAUGUUGCUGUAGCCUAUGCCCUGCCUCCAGCUUCCCGUUUUAUUGUCAUACUGGAGCAGGUCCGUCUUGUUAUGAAGGCUUAUUCCUUCAUCCGGGAGAAUGUACCCAGAGUCCUGUCCUCUGUGAAGGACAAGUCCAGCACAGUACCUAUUCCCAGAAUCUCUCAGUACCUGUACUUCCUCUUUGCUCCCACCCUCAUCUACAGAGACAACUAUCCCAGGAAUCCCACGAUAAGAUGGGGCUACGUAGCCACCAAGUUUGCACAGGUGCUUGGUUCACUUUUCUAUGCCUACUACAUUUUUGUGAGACUCUGCAUUCCUCAGUUUCACAACAGUAGCCAAGAAACCUUCAAUCUUCGAGGGCUGGUCCUGUGCAUCUUCAACUCCAUUCUGCCAGGUGUACUGAUUCUUUUCCUGGUGUUCUUUGCAUUCCUGCACUGUUGGCUCAACGCAUUUGCCGAGAUGCUGCGCUUUGCAGACAGGAUGUUCUACAAGGACUGGUGGAAUUCCACAUCCUAUGCAAACUACUACCGAACCUGGAACGUGGUAGUGCAUGACUGGCUCUAUUACUAUGCCUACAGGGACUUCCUUUGGUUUUUUGGUAAGAAGUUCAGAGCAGCGGCUAUGCUGUCUGUCUUCACUGUAUCAGCUGUUGUGCACGAGUAUGUCCUGAGCAUCUGCUUUGGCUUCUUCUAUCCAGUUCUCUUUUGCCUGUUUACAUGCUUUGGAGUGGUUUUCAACUUCACCCUCAAUGACCGUCGGAAAGGGCCCAUCUGGAAUGUGCUCAUGUGGACUUCCCUCUUCCUGGGCCAAGGUGUCAUCAUCUGCCUGUACAGCCAGGAGUGGUAUGCACGCCAGUACUGCCCUACGGAAAACCCCACGUUCCUGGACUAUUUAAAGCCACGCUCGUGGUCAUGUCAUACGAAGAUGUGAAAAUGGUGUCCUCUGGCCAUGUCGUCACAGAAAAACAGAGUUGUCCUCCAAGUAUUUGGACCAGUGAUCUAACUCACUACAGACUUUUUCUAAGGGAAGUUGUGCCUCCUGAUUAUUGGGGAGAAACUGUAACUUUUUUUUAAACAUUGCUGGAGCAAACCAGUUGACCUGGAUUGCAACAGACUUCAUAGGCAGCAUCUAUUACGUGCUGUCCCACUUUGAGCCAUUUCCAUGCCAGUAAAACAUUGAGCUGAAGGUGGAGUCUACUGGAAUCCUACUCAUCCAGGGGUCCCCCCAAGUUGCUGCUUUUCUGGACAAGAGGCAAGCUAGUCAGAUUUGCUGGUAGCUCAUUGUUGGCAUUCGUCCAUCUUCCGUAGCCAUCCCUCUGCAGGUUUUUUUUCUCCCUUUUGGUAACGGGGUGUCUACAAACCUUCUGUUCUUUGUGAUCCUGCCUGCCACUGUGACAAGUGGCAGAGCAACAGCGUGUUUGCCUUCUUGCUCUGAAGAUAGCCAAAGUAUUCCUGGCUGGCUUUGAAUUGUGUUCCAUGUGUGUUGGCUGCCAACAGAUAUAAAAUGGGCAGAGGGAGAGGGGACUGUCAGUGUGCUUGUGGCUGUGUUGCAGUCAGGUUUGGAAGCAGGGCAUGGUGUGGGCAGUCUUUAUAUGACUUUUUACACUGAAAAUUUGUGUUUUAUCUGUAUUCAUUUAGUUCCCAACUGUCUUACAGCAUUUUUGUUCUCUGAAAAACUAUUUGAGGAAUAGUUUUUCUUCUUGCUCUUCCUUUCUCCUGCUCUAGAUAAUCAAUUCUUUCAACAUGAUUAACUUGUAAAAGAGCUUUUACUUUAAUUUGGCAGGUGCUUUAAGGUAUAUAUACGGUUGUUAAGGGUUUCUUUACUAAGAAAGACUUGAAAUACUACAAGCCAACUGUAAGAAAAUGGGAUCAACAUUACAGGUACAUGACCCACUCUCAUUUGGCCACAUGCAGCUCAGCACCUUGGUGCCACUUGCCCACGUGUUGCAGCAGUUUCUAAUGCUGCUGGGGAAUGAAGGUCAACUGGUGGAGGAACCUUGACUUUGGUGAAGAGGGUCACCUGACAGAGAUUUCAGAAUUAUUCAGAUGUUCUUUACUGGCACUUUUUGGUGACAGUGUUUCCGUACUGACCUACAGCUCUGGGUAUUUGACACCAGCAGUAUUGGGACAGCUGAUGGACUUGUCUCCCAAACCACUUCAGAUGCUCUUUUGGGCUUCUGUUUUUGCUAACCUGAGUCAGAAGUAAUUUCAUGGGAGAAAUUAAACUCUUCCAGGUGUUCAGUCUUCAGUAAGGAGUCCUGCUCUUGAGGAAGGACAUUGUCACGGCAAAUUUGCCAAAUACAGUGUUUGCGUGUGUGGCUCUCCUCUGACAAUAACUCCUGCUAGAAAUUGCUCACUGAAACAGUUGAGGUAAUUUCAGAGGAAGAGGUUCACGUAUAUACUCAAAUUUGGCAGUGUUAGUUUAUAAAAUCCUGAGAAUUAAAUGGAUUACUUUAUCCUCAUUCAGCUUGAGUAAUCCUGUAUCUUUCACCAUACCUUAUGUGGGAGGAAAGAACAGAAGUUCUGGAACAAGUAAGCUUCCUUAUUGAAAAAGACAAAAUCC